CAUGCUCCCGGGCUGUUCGCCCGCGCCCGCUGCUCCCGCUGCUCUCCUGGACCCGCAGCUCCUGCUGCAACCCGCUGCUCCGGCGUGGCGAGGCGACGCGCCGCUUGCAGGCGCACGGAGCCCCGCGAGUGCGCCAAGCCGCGGGGACCACGCGCGCCGCGUCCAGCCGGGGGCGGAGGGAGGCUGUAGAGGGCGGCGCAGUGGACAGCCUGGCCGGCCGGGGACUACUUUCUACAUCUGGCCCCUGGGCCCCGCACGGCGAGGACAUCAAGAGAAUACACCUGCACCCAUCAGACUGUGGAGUGAUCUUCAAAGCCACUGACCCCUGAACAUUACCUGAUGUGUGGAUUCACAGUCUUUGCAGAAGACUGCAAGCCCUAGAGAAUUACAAGGCAGCAGAAUAAUGGAGUUCUCAAAUA